AUGUCCGACAUCGAGUCCCUUCCAGGCUCUCCGGCCGCCGUCGGUCAAGAUACCGUCGACGAUGUUGAGGAGCCCCAUGAGGGCGUCGACGGAGCCACGGCCGAGGACCUCUCCGACGUCGAGUCCGACGCCCUUUCCGAGAUUGACGAGAAUCAAUUCGAAGACUACGACCCCGAGACGGCGAACAUUGAGGAUCGUCCCGUAGCCGUGGACGAGGAUGUUGCAAAGACCCUGAAGGCCUCCAAGAGGAAGCAGACGGACGGCGACAAGACGAGGAAGCCGAAGGAGGGCCGCCGCGAGAAGAAGCGCUCGCGCGCCGACGAGGACGAGGCUGCGGAUGGCGACUUUGAUGAGAGCAGGCCAUCGCGUAAAUCCCGCCGCGGCGCAGAGCCGCGACCCCGCGCGCAGAAACCAUCGCCCCAGCCAGAGAACGAGGACCAUCUCUCGCCUGAGGAGCGAAGGCAAAGAGCGAUCGACCGGACGCUGGACGGUGUCUUCAAGAAGCCUACAAAGAGGAGAAAGAGGAAGGACGAGGAGGACUUGGAAGACGAGAUUGACGAUCACAUUGCCUCGCUGAAGCUUCGCAUGGAAGGUGCCUGCGAGUCGGACAACAAGGCUCGUGAGGCCGGCCAGCCCGCCGUCCACAAGCUAAAGUUGCUGCCAGAGGUCACCGCUCUGCUGAACCGUACUACCGUUCAGCACGCCGUGCUCGACCCGGACACCAACUUCCUCCAGCACGUCAAGUUCUUCCUCGAGCCCCUCAACGACGGCAGUCUACCCGCGUAUAACAUUCAGCGAGACAUCUUUACCGCGCUUUGCAACCUGACCCUAGAGAAGGAAGUCCUCCUCAGUUCCGGCAUCGGCAAGGUCGUCCUCUUCUACAAACACUCGAAGCGGCCCGAAGUCAGCAUCAAGCGCAUGGCCGACCGCCUCCUCGGCGAAUGGAGCCGUCCCCUGCUGAAGCGCACCGACGAUUACAGGAAGCGUCAGAUUGAAACGCGCGACUACGACUACGACGCUCACAAGGCCUCCCUGCGCAACGCAAACUCGCAGUACACACUCGCCCAGCGUCCCUCCAUCUCGGCCCGCGACGCCGAGCGCGAGCGCUUCCUCGCCAACGGCGUCAAGAGCAACCGCGCCCGCCCCGGCGGCCUGCCUGCCAGCUACAGCAUCGCCCCCGUGAGCACGUUCGACCCGACGACGGCGCCCGACCACCGCCCCAUCGGCGCCAGCGGCGCAGAGGCCUUCCGCAAGAUGACCCAGAAGGCGAAGAAGCGUUGA